AUGGUUCUGACAGUCGCCGACGCGAAAAAAUUGACGGUUCCACGUCUCAAGGAGGAAUUAGCGAAACGAGGAUUGGAUAGUGCCGGAAAUAAGCCGGAUCUGUUGGCGAGACUGACGGAGAGCAUCGAACAGGCCGCAGAAGACCUGAUUCUGAGCGACGUCGACGCCCAUCACCUGCUCAGUGAUGAUAUUCUAAAUGACGAUAUUCUGGAUGCUCCAAGUAUCGACGGAGACCUUUUGGGAGAGACGACGACGACGACGUCAGUUGGAGAUGUCGGAGAGGAGGCGGAGUCUGAAGUGGGCGGAGAGAAAAAAGAAGUCGUCGUGAUUGUCGACAAACCAGUCGAUGUGGAGACUGUGGAGAAGGCGAAACGGGAGAGAGCGAUUCGUUUCGGUCUUCCAGUCACGGCUGAGCUUGUUGGCUCUGAUAGUGCCAAGGCAGCACGAGCGAAGAGAUUCGAUCUCCCAGAAGACGCGAAACGUCUGGGAUCGGACGAGGCGAAGGCGAAGCGAGCUGAACGAUUUGGACUCCAAAAUGAUACGAAAUCAGCUGAAAAAGACGAUAAACUCGCCGCCCGUGCCGCCCGUUUCGGUCUCCCAGUGGGCGGAGCCUCUGGGGGCGGAGCCAAGACGAAAGAUGCGAAAUUGGCUGAAAGAGCGAAGAGAUUUGGGGGCGGAGUCGACGAUGAGGAGGUUGAAGCGAAGAAGAAGGCGAGAUUGGAACGAUUCGGUGGAGGAAAAUGA